AUGCACGUCGAACGCCUUGAGGUGGCCGACCUGCAGCAGGCGGCGAGAGCAUCAUGGGAAGACAGGUUUAAAGAUAAACACCCGGAGUUCUUAAAUGCCAACCUUUGGCAGCGCGAGGCGAUCGAGACGAGGAUCAACGCGCAGGACGGCUUUCUCUUUUUGAUCGGCCUGUUCGUCGUCCUGAUGCUGGAGAACAUGUGGUCUUUCGACCCCAGCACGUUUACUUCGGAGACGAGGCUCGACGCGUUCUUGGCUCUACUGGUGUUCGGAGCCAGCUGCGGCGUGUUCGCGAUCUUCUCGAUGACUAUGGUUAGGCUCAAGUUGCAACGCUUGAUGGUACGCGACAUCGCCGCUCUAAAGGUCCAACAGGUGACGGGAAGGGCCAAUCGUUCGCUACUGGACGGGCUCUUAGCCCGAUGGAAAGCCUCGUCGGCGCAACGCCAGUUUCAACCGGCGUGUAUUUCGUACGAUUGGUACCAUGGUGGUGGCAUGAACACCAGUAGCUUCCCCACGAAAAUCCUCAGCAAGAACUGGAACCCUAGCUGCCCACGUUCCCUCGUCAAGUUUGCGGUUUUGGCCUUCGCAGCCACGGUUUUGUGCUCCAUGGCGCGCUAG